UCAGCACGUCGACGCGGGUUUUCUCCGCCGGCCCGCGACCCCCGCUCGGGUGCCGCUCUGCGCUUCGGCCGGUGUCCCUGGGCGAGGGGCGGUCGGGCCCGCCCGCGGCCGGCGCCGUUGCCGAGGCUGGGAGCUCGGACGGACUGCCUUCGCCUCCCCGCCGGGCUCUCGUCCGCGCCUCCCCGCCUCAGAGGCCUCGGGGCGGUGGCGGCCCCGGACUCGGCGGGGCUCGGAUGGGCGGCGGGAGGAGCGGCCGGGGAUGUUCAGUCUGAUGGCCACUUGCUGCGGCUGGGUCCGGCGCUGGCGCGAGCCGGUCAGAAAGGUGACUCUUGUGAUGGUGGGACUUGAUAAUGCUGGUAAAACGGCAACGGCGAAGGGAAUCCAAGGAGAGUAUCCUGAAGACGUAGCUCCUACUGUUGGAUUUUCCAAAGUUGACCUUAGACAAGGAAAGUUUGAAGUCACCAUCUUUGACUUGGGAGGUGGAAAAAAAAUUCGGGGAAUCUGGAAGAAUUACUAUGCUGAGUCCUAUGGGGUCAUAUUUGUUGUGGAUUCCAGUGAUGAACAGCGAAUGGAAGAGACAAAAGAGACGAUGUCAGAAGUACUAAGACAUCCUAGGAUCUCGGGAAAGCCUAUACUGGUGUUGGCAAAUAAACAAGACAAGGAAGGGGCCUUAGGAGAAGCUGAUGUGAUUGAAUGUCUGUCUCUGGAGCAGCUGGUCAAUGAGCACAAGUGCCUGUGUCAGAUUGAACCUUGUUCAGCAGUCUUGGGAUAUGGAAAGAAAAUUGACAAGUCCAUUAAAAAAGGCCUUUAUUGGCUGCUCCAUAUCAUUGCAAGAGACUUCGAUGCCUUAAAUGAGCGCAUCCAAAAAGACACCAUGGAGCAGCGUGCUCUUGAGGAACAAGAGAAGCAAGAAAGGGCUGAACGAGUGCGAAAACUGCGGGAAGAAAGAGAACAAAGAGAGCGAGAAGAGGCUGAACUUGAUGGAACCAGUGGUCUGGCUGACUUGGACCCAGAACCUGUUAUUGUUAAUCCUUUCCAGCCCAUAGCGUCUGUAAUCAUUGAGAAUGAAAAAAAGCUUGAAAAAAAGAGGCAAAAUAUGGAGAAAGACAAUGAUGGCUGCUCCCUGAAACAUAAAAUGGAUCAUGAGCAAAUAGAGACGCAGAGCCAGAUCAGCAACAGCAGCCAAAGAAACAGUGAGUUUGGACUAGUAGAAAACUAUCAGGAGGCACUAACCCAGCCGCUGGAGAAUGAAGAUGAGACAGACCAGCCGUCGUCAGAAUCAGACAAUGGUAAAAAGAAAACUAAGAAACUAAGAAUAAAAAGGAGUCACCGUGUAGAACCUGUUAGUACUGAUGAGUCUGCUCCUAAGAGUCCAACGCCACCCCCACCUCCUCCUCCUGUUGGCUGGGGAACCCCCAAAGUCACUAGACUUCCAAAACUCCAGCUUCUUGGUGAAACACGUCAUAACGACUUCUACGGGAAGCCGCUGCCUCCCCUGGCCGUGCGACAGAGACCCAACAGUGAUGCUCACGACGUGAUCUCAUAACCAGGUCGCGUGGCUGAGCUCUCCCACUGUCCUAAAGAGCUGGAGGACCUUCCCCCUCAGGGAAGAAAACCCUGAAGGCUGACGCCCGGGCAAGACGACCACAGCGGCUCCAAGGAGGCGACCAGCCUGAUGGUGACUUGUCCGUGUUCUUCAUGGUUAAAAAAGGAAGCGAGAUGACCAGCAGACGGGAUGAGAAUUGGCCAGCAAGAGUUGCGUUGACUCUGGUUCUGCAUCCUCCUCGGGCACUGUCCUGAGGGAAACCUCUUCAGAAGAGCCAGUGGCCCUGCACACUCUCCUACUGUCUAACAGCCUCUAUUUCUGUAUCUGAAAUGUUUUUUGUGAGAUACAUGUGCAUGGAAGGGGGACUCCUGGGAAUUUAUAACCUAAAUUUUUAACUUUUUAUAUUUUUCUAAAACCUUUGUUUAAGAAUUUUAAUUACUAUGAUAUUGACUGCGCACUUUUCUAUAGAUGCUUUGUUUAAAUUGUGUCUGGAAAAUGGGGUUGAUUUACUUGACAAACAUGAACUAUACAAACAAUAUAUUUGUAUGGUUUGAGGUAUGUUUUAUAAUAGUAUUCUUCAUGAAGUCUACAUCCUAAUUUGACUUAAUUUUAAAAUAAUACCUUUUUAAAAUAGAUUCUCAGGUCUUUAUUCUACCAAAUUAUGGUAUUUGAAAGCACUACCCAAGGAAAGAGUUCAGUUUUUCUCUUCUUGUUUGUUUUCUUUGGUGAUGAUCCCAAAAAUGAAAGAGACUUGAAAUACCUUUUGACCUAAAUACUCUCUAAAUUAAUAAAAAUAUUAUGUGAGAAUUUAUUAAAAGUCCCAAUAAACGCUUCUUUUAAAGUUGGGCCUUUUAGAUCCAGGUGCUCCUGUCACCCCUUGUUCUCUCAGAAGCUGCAGUGACUUUAGGUUUUUCUGACUCUUUUGUGCCUUGAAAUUAAAGGCAAAAAGACUGAAAAGCUUCUGUAGGUCCAGAGACUUGUGUUUUAUAACUGGGAAAUGCUUGGUUACUACAGUAAGAAUAAAACUGUCUGUUUAAAAUUACGUUUAUAAAGAAAUAAUUCCAAAAUAAAGUAUUACUUCUCUUGCACUGACGAAUGGCAUCUACAGGAUGCUGUACUCGUCUGGCAUUUAGACAAACUUUUAGACAUAUAUUUUGAGUAAUAGAUUCAUGUUCAUUUAUAUGAAAGCAUACAUUUAUAUCAAGGAGAAAAUAUCAUAAACAGUAUGGUUUCCAUCACCGUGUUAAAAUUGGUCGUUUGGUAACUUGUACUGACCACAGACUCACACAGGUGUCUGACAGAAACAUGAUAGGUAUGUCCAAGGCAGUUUAAUGUGAUCGUUUACUUUUAGAAUUUUACUUCAGAGCAUCACAUCUUAUUCACAUUUUUUAACUCGUUGAACUUUAAUUAAUCAGGUCACUUACUACUGAUUAAACUCCAGGUUUUUGGGGUUUUGUACAUGUACCUACCUAGCACACUGAGUAACAGCACCGUCCUUCAGAUCAAGUUUGAUAGCUGGCUGAAAUGUAAGGAAAACAAUACAAGGAGACAGAGUAUAAACUUUGAAUUAGAUUUUAGAGAAUAAACUUGUUUGCACAUCUUGUUGGUUCCUUUUGUAACAUUUACAUUUAUUCAUGUUUUUAAAAACUAAACAUACUUUGCCAUCUUUUUAAUAUUCAUCUAGUUUGAGAAUAAAUAUGUUUUUAAAAUUUAUUUUCCUACCAGUGAUUACUGCAGUGUACAAUAAUUACUGAGUCCAUUUAAUAAAAAUGAUUUUGAAAUUAAAUAUA